AUGAUUUCUUCAAUCAUUUCACAUAAUUUAAGAAGUAUAAACCUUCUUAGACCAAUAAGAAAUAGCAUUCAAGUAUCAGUAAGAUCUUUAAUCUCCAGUAAGACUUAUGCUACCUCCACCGGUGAUAAUGCAGUUCCAGAUUUAUUGAGUAACCAAAGAAAAACCGCCAAACCAUUAUUAUCAAGAAAGACCUUUUUAUUGGAUUACUAUAAACAUUUGAACGAUACCAAUGAAAUCAUCUUAUACGUCCAUCACAAUAACAUCACAAAAAACGAAAACAAGAAAAUCAGAAAUGAUUUGUCAAAAAUAGGAUGUAAAUUGAAUGUAAUCAGAAAUAGAAUUUAUGGUGUUUAUUUAAGAUCUGAAAAUGAAAUCGACCCUGCUGAUAAAGAAACCUCAUUCAAGAACAAAAAAGUAAAUCAUCCAUUAUCACCAUUAUUAAAUGGUCCAACAGCUAUUAUAACUAUCCCAACAUCAAAUCCUCAAACUGUAUCCGACGUGCUUAAAAUUUUGAAAUCAGUUCAAGAAAAAUUAUUCGUUGUCGGAGCUAAAGUUGAAAAGAGUGUAUAUGAUGUUGAUCAAGUUAAUCAAUAUAAAGAUUUACCAACCAAAGAACAAUUACAAAGUCAAUUAACAGGUUUAUUAACUAUCUUGGGAGGUGCUGGAUUAGUUCAAACUUUAGAAAGUAAUACUACUUCAUUAUAUUUAACCUUAAAACAACACGAGAAACAAUUAUCUGGGGAUGAUGAAUAA